AUGGUUACAAUUGUACCCAAUGCCAGUAAUAAAAUCGUAAAGGUCGUUGAUAAACAACGUCAAAUAUGGAAUAGAACAUCAGUCGAUGAAUUUCUUAGCGAAUUAAAGUUAUAUAGGCUUUAUGGUGAGGAUAGAUUGCUUUUUAUUGUAUCGGUGGUUGAUAAUGUAAAAUAUGUGAAGUUUUAUAUUAAGCAAGGUGUACCUUGGAUAGAAACAUCAAUGGAGGACUUCAAUUCAAGCUUUGAAGCAAUAAUGAAAACAAGGGCGUUUGAACUGAGAGCAAUUUUAGAUACUGACACUUUUAUGAUUCAACGACAAAUUUUUUCAGGAAUUCCAGCCUACGUUUUCACACCAUAUAAUGUUUUCGAUGUUGUUAUUGUUUGCCAUAAUCAUCAAAUCAUCUGGUCUUGUCCACAAAUAAGCGACAAAUGUAUUCGUAUCAUAGUUCAUGGAGACUUGGAUAAGCCUUUGCUACUUAAUAUAAGUAUUCUGCACGAUUAUAAAUCACUGUCUUCUGAAAAAUUCUAUCCUGGAGGGAGGUUAACUCAACAAUUUGAUAUUAUGAGAAUGCACCUUUCAAGGGAAUUUGUAAAAAAUGUACGCCUUGCAAAAAAACGAGCUGGAAAAUCACAAAAAGAUCAAAAAGAUACACAAGAUGAAACUGGCACCGGUACCCAACAAGAUGUUGAGCAAACCUCCAAAGAUUCCAAAAAGAGCAAAGGAGGUAGAUCAAGUUCACAAGGUCUUUCCGAACAGUUUGAACUUGUUGAUCAAGUUCAAACUGACCAACAAAAAAUUAAACGAAGGAAAAUAUACUAUUCUAAAAAGAAAGAAUUACAAGGUAAAAUUAGUAAAUUAAAAUAUCAACUUUUUAUCACUGAUGACCUACUCGAGCUUGAAAAAAAACUAGAUCGAGAAGAUGAUGUAGAAACUAGUGAAAGCGACGAAGACGAUUACUACGAUGAUAUCCACGAUAAAUCGGAACAACCAAAAGAGAAGAGUAAAAAUAAAAAGGUAAAAGAAUUAGAAAAGAUUUUGGCUAAAAAACAAGAAGAACUCGCUGAGUUAGAAGGCCAACUGGAAAAGUUAAACUCGUUAAAUUUAACAGGGGUACUUGAAACGUUCAACGCAUCAUCGAUCAAACAAAAUUUACUGGAAAAAAUAUCAGCCAUGAAAUAUGAGAUAUUAAAAAUUGAAGAACUACUUAAACUUGAAAAAUAUAUUAUUGAUACUGAACCCUGUUCUGAAGUGGAGAUUCAAGAUAAAAAAACUUAUGAAAAAGACCAGGAUAAGGAUAAAGAAACUAGUGAAACGGACAGUUCAGAUGAAGUUGAUGAUGACGAAGAUCAAGAAGAAGAUGAUUAUGAUGAAUCGGAUGAUUAUGAUGAUUAUGAUGAUGGAUAUGAACGAGGAGGCGAUUCAGAUGAUGGCUCAGGUGCUGGAAAUGGGAAUGCAGGAGGUGAAAGUAGUAAUCAAAACGAAGAUAAAAAUUCGGCUCAUCAAUAUGAAGAUAAAUCUGAAGAAACGAGUACUAAACAUAAAAAAAUUGAAAAAAUUGAAAAAGAACUAAUUUUGAGAAGAAAGAAAAUUAAACGUUUGAGGAGAGAUUUAAGAUCACUCGAGAAAAAACGAUUUACGGGCGGAAUUAAAGAAUAUUUAGAGGCGAAGGAACAUAUAGACAAUGUUAAUGCUAAAAUUGAAAGUAUUCAAUAUUCAGUAUUUCAAUUUAAAGAAAUGAUUAAACUCCUUAAAAAAAGUAGUCUUAAUGGAUCUUCUAAACAACUAAAGGAAAUGAGAAGGGAGAAAAUCAAAGAAUUACAAAAACAAAGUGAUGAAUACUCAAAACAACUAAGCGAAUUGCAAAAGGAAUUAGAGAAAUUGGAGGAAGAAAAUUCGGGUCAAAUUGAUUCAGAAGAACUAGAUACAUUUAUACAAAAAGAAUUAGAAACGCAAAGGGACCAGGUACUUGAGAGACAAAGGGAACAAUUGUAUAAAAGAAUAGAUUGUUUGCAUUUUGAUAUACGGCAUUUUAAAAAUGCAAUUAGAAUCGAGAAACAACACGAUGAUUGCCAUAAAUCGCAAAUAUACUCCAAAAUAAGAAGGUACGAAAGUUUGUUGGAAAAAAAACAAAAAGAACUGCAAGCAAUAGAAAAUGAUUUGCUUAUCGUUGAAUCCAAAUUGCAAAAAUCUGGAACUCAACCUCCAGAUCACCAUCAUCAGCAUCCGCCUGAACCAGUAAAAAGUAUUAGAAAAGUGGCAUGGUUGCAUAAAUCCCGCCCAACACCAACUAAAAUCCCUCCAUCAAUUAAUACAAACUAUUUUAGAUUCGAGAAUAUAUUCCCCAAAACUGAUAAACCCAGACAAUUUACACCUAGGUUUACGGUUCCUUUACCCCAAGUGCAUUCUCGUCUAUCAGGACCAUUUGGACAAUAUCAAACAUAUCACCCACAACAGCAAAAUUCUCCAUAUCAACCAAGAGAUCAGAUACCUCAAGGAGCACAAGGAUCAGGUAAUUCUAGUGGAGAGCUAGUACCUGAAAUUGUAACUCUUGAAGAUUCAAGUGAAUCUGAUAGUGAUUGUGAUAUACAACCAAGUUGUUCACCACAGCAAUCAGGAACUGAACAAGGUGCUCAACAAGGUGCGCAGAAUGUUUAUCACUACCAACAUUAUCAACCUCCACAACAAUCGGGAACAGAACAUCACCAACACGUUCAGCACUACCAACCUUAUCAUCCACCACAGCAAUCAGGAACAGAACAAGGUGCUCAACAAGGCGGGCAGCAUGUUUAUCAAUACCAACCUUAUAAUCCACAACAGCAAUUAGGAACAGAACAUCAGCAACAGCAAUUUCAACAGUAUCAGACGUAUACACCAACCCCUCAACAAGGACAACCCGGGGGGUAUCAACCUCAACAAAGUCAAGGACAUUUUGGCCAAUUUGGAGCAUUUAGACCCUAUAGACCUACAUUCCAAUCACAACAUGGACCAACAGUUCAACAGCAACAAGAAUAUCCGGGACAAUCGGGAGCAUUUAUUCCAUACCAACAUUACAAACCACGUCCUGAGACAUAUCAAGCUAAUUUUCAACAAACUGAUCAACAUAAAGAGCUGGAACCUGUGGAUGAAUCUCAACAGCAUCUGCCACUAAAAAAGAGAAUUCGAUUAGAUAAACAACCAUCUAAAACGGGUCCUUAUCAAACUGAACAAAUUGAACCAGAUCCCCGACAUAAAGCGCAACAACAAGUCGGUUAUACCGUUACUCACCCAGGACUGUUUACACCAUAUUCAGAGAAUUUACAACCGGGACCAAAAGUACAACCAAGAACUCAAACUGGGACUACCGGGCAAAAACCUAGUCAACAGCAGGUUAGUGGUCCCCAAACUAGGAUUCGUUCAUACAGAUUUCCUGUUCCACCUACACUACCUGUUCCUCCAUUCACUCCUCAGAAUUCCCAAACAUUUGGAAAUACAGGAGAACCUUCUGGGUUGCCUCCAUUACCACCGAUUGAGCCCUAUCCACAUAAAUCAGUUGGUAACAGGGAAUAUAUAGAAGAAAGAUAUUAUAAAAACACCGAAAAUGGAUGGGUUAGAAUACAAAAGAUCCAGUAUAUCCAUCUAAUGAAUAAAUAUGAUUAUCAAAAAGCAAUGGGAUCCGAACCCUCUGAUAGCGAUAGUUAA